AAAACUUAUUAAGUUGCCUUUAGCUAUGGCCAGUACAGAACGGAUCUUGAUAGACCCAAGUUGGAAAUACUUCUCAACAUCUUCUCAGCGGAAAUCCAACAUAUCUCAAUACUGUCCUAGGCAGCCUUAUCUUUCCCUUACCUUACCCCUGCCUGACCUGCCAGAUGCCGCUCUGUUCGUCCGUCGUCUUCAACUCACAACAACCUCACAUGACCAAGGUUAUAGUGGUAACCCCGAUAAAUAUGGAACAUAUGAGGGCUCGUUUACUCACUUUGACGUUCAGGUGAAGGAGCCAACUGGUCAAGAUCGGGUCAAGCGUCAAGAAUUUGCGCGAAAUAUCCGUGCUUGUCUGGAGCCAAGAAAGCAUGUUGUUUAUUGGGUUCUUACCCCAGAUCUAUCAUACUCUGUUCGAAAUUCUAACCAUGGGCCGGCCAACGACUGCGCCUGGCUGUCUGUUAUUCGAGGCGGUGAUACGGUGCAAAUCGUCCCCAACGCUGAAUACCCAGGUUGGAUCAACUUUGUCCUCGAGGCAUGCAUUGAGGUUUGGAUCGAAAUAAUCGAAAAUGCUAAUUUGUCAAGAUCCAUAACAUACACGUCAAGUGUCCUCUCGAUGUAUCAUGUACUUGAUGGGUUAAGAAAAGAGAUUCGUCUCGUAAUCAUUGAGCCGUCAAUGGAUCUCGAGAGCGAUAUAUUACAGAUUUCCUUGGAGCAUACCUAUUUAACUGAUAAUGACCAUCUUACGUACGAGGCACUCUGGUACUGCUGGGGAAAUGCUGGAGAACACUGCUGCAUAUCAUUAAAAGGGCCGAACCAAUCCCUACCAGCAAUUGAAACUUCGAUAAGCAGGAAUCUUUUUCUUGCUCUCAAAGCAUUGAGAUAUGAGCGUACUGCACGGAGCUUCUGGGUCGAUCAGCUAUGUAUUAAUCAAUCGGACUUGGAAGAACGUGCUGAACAAGUCGCGCUGAUGGGCGACAUUUAUACGAAAGCGAAGCACGUAUCCGAUUAUCUUGCGGACUACAUUGCAUUCGUCCCCCGGUCUCGUUUAGAUAUCUUAACAGUGUUGAUAAGUGCGCUAGAGAUGAGAGCAACAGAUCCCCGUGACAAGGUGUUUGCGCUUCUUCCAUUUGGGAAAGAAACAUAUGAUAUUAGAGAUUUACCAGAAUUGGUGAAACCAGACUAUAGUAAAAGUGUACGACGCGUCUAUGCCGACUUUACACGCUGGUGGAUAUGGCACCAUCGUUCUUUAAGGAUCCUUUCCGCAGUACAUACGCUUACUGGCCGCACAUGGCUUAACAUGUCCAGGUGCUAUACAUCCGACACGGAUUAUGGGAGAAAGUCGGAUAUCCCUUCUUGGAGCUUCUGGUCCGAUGGACGUAGCGAAUGGAGGCGAGCUACGCUCGGUCUUGAAGAACAUGGACCAUACAAUGCUAGCAAGGGAUUUGAAGUUGAUAUCGAUCUUCUCGAAUCUACUAUAAAAAAAGUCAGAGUCAUAUGA